UGUCAGUAACUGGUGUACGAAACGAAACAAAACAAUUCGUUAAUUCCGGCUAUCUUCUCUAGAUAUAUUGUUUUACUUGAAAUGCAGCCGCUGUCCAUAAAUAAAGGCGAUUUCCAAAUUGAUUUGAAUCAAGUUAGAAUAGAUAUUGGAUUAGGAAUAAGAGAAUGUAAUGAUCGGGGACUUGUUCAAAGUGCUAAGUGGCUAGCUGAACUAAAUUAUGCGCUCAAAGAUCACAAGAUUUCAACACCAGAAGAACAGCUUAAAGGUUUUGAUGAUGGUAUUGUUGCUGAAGAUCGAGAAGCAUACACUUUGGCCAAAUCAUACUAUGAUUGCCAGGAAUAUGAUCGAGCCGCUCAUUUUUUAGAAAAUUGCACGAGUCCUAAGUGUAUUUUUCUUCAAAGAUAUUCUCAAUAUAUGUCGAGUGAGAAAAAGAGGUUAGAUAAUGCUACCGAUGUAGGCAAUGAAAAUACAGAAUCAACACAGGUCUUAUUGGAUUUGUUAUCUUUUUUCAAGGCAAAUCGAAAUCAUCUGGAUGGUUACCUUAUGUAUUUAGAAGGUGUUGUAUUGAAAAAAUUAGAUUUACGAAGUCAGGCAGUGAUCGUUCUCCAAUCAGCUGUGGCUGCUGCUCCUACACUUUGGGCAGCAUGGGUAGAGCUUGCAGGCCUUGCCAAUGAAUAUGAAGCAUUAGAUUCUCUUCAACUUCCUGAACAUUGGAUGAUGUACUUCUUUGCUGCUCAUGCAUUUGUUGAGUUGAAGCUAUCUGAACAAGCCUUGGAUGCAUAUAUGGGUCUAGCAUCUGUAGGCUUCCACAAAAGCACAUAUAUAACAGCUCAAAUGGCUAUUGCACAUCAUGAUAGGAGAGAUGUCGAUUCAUCAUUAGAUUUAUUUCGGGAACUGUACCAAAGUGAUCCUUAUCGUCUAGACAAUUGGGACGUCUACUCACAUUUACUAUAUUUGAAAGAGAAAAGAAUGGAACUUGCAAAUUUAGCUCAAAGAGCAGUUUCUAUUGACAAGUAUAGAGUAGAAACGUGUUGUGUAAUAGGUAACUAUUACAGUUUACGGAGUGAACAUCAGAAAGCAGUGAUGUAUUUUCAAAGAGCCCUCUCUUUGGACCCCCAAUAUCUAUCAGCUUGGAUAUUAAUGGGCCAUGAAUUCAUUGAAUUGCAAAAUUCUAAUGCUGCAAUUCAGUGUUAUAGACAAGCUAUAGAUGUGAACAGAAAUGAUUACCGGGCUUGGAAUGGACUAGGACAAGCUUAUGAGAUAUUAGGGUUAAAUGGUUAUUGUAUAUAUUAUUACUCAAGGGCAGCACAGCUAAAACCUGACGACUCAAGAAUGUUUGUUUCACUAGGAGAAGCGUAUGAAAAGAUGGAUAAGAUACCAAAUGCACUUAAGUGUUAUUAUAAAGCUCACAGCACUGGUGAUAUUGAAGGGAUGGCACUAUUUAAAUUAGCUAAAUUGUAUGAGAAAUCGAACAUGCCGAACUGUGCGGCAGCGGCAUAUACGGCGGCAUGCCAGGACGCGGCCAAUGCUGCCAGUAAAGAGUUACCGGCCGCCCUCCGCUACCUCGCACAGUACUAUCUACGUUUCUCAUUGCUCGACCACGCCGCACAUUACGCCUACAAGUGCCUGGAGCACGAGAGCACCAAAGAAGCUGGGAAAAAUAUUUUAAAGACAAUAUCAGAAAAAAGAUUGACAGCAUCCUCAUCACAACCUACCAGCUUGCCUGAAGAUUUACCAGAAGCUAUUAAGAAUGUGUCCACGAUAUCAAUAUCACAUGAAACGCCGAAGACGCCUUUACCCAGUCCGAAUGUCACGCCCGAUAAUUUUUCUACACCAGUAUUUACUAGAAAAAAUAAUAAAUACAAAAUGUGACAUAUGUCUAGAAAGUGUAAAAUGUAAAUAAGAGACUGAUCAUGUGAAUAUAUGCUUAAUUCUCUAAUAAGAUUAAUUUUAUGCUGUAAUAAAUAGUUAAUAGAG